CCAUUUCAGUGAGUCGUAGGCGUAGUAACGUUUAUAUAUAUUUAUUAUCGUAAUCUGCAUGAGAACAACCAAGUGUGUGCAUACUCCUUUGUUUACAAGCUCAAUAAUAUUGCCAAUUAGAAUUCAAUGCGAUAAGGCAUAGAACACGACAAUUAUCGGAAGAAGGCUAAAAUCUAACAACACCGGACGGACGCCAUGUCGUCUCGACGGAAGGGAAAACCUGUGCGAUGCAUUGAUAUGAUAUGUGGCAAGCUGAGCGGAGGGUCAAGUGGUACGCUUACGACGCCUGUUUCUCAGGUCGACAACAUAAAUGACGAAACGGAAGACUCGUUAUCUCCCGAGGUAACGGAUGAGACGACGAAUGGUUCAAGUUCGCCUGUUGGCCAGGGAGAGAUGAAUGCCAGCGAAGCAGAUACUAAUUGUAUGGAAAGUGAACUGAAAGUAGAUAAUAUUAUGGACAACAUUGGGAAUAUUCAAAGGACGACCUUAACGGCUACAAAUCCUCCAGAAGGUGUGUAUAUUCUUCAACCCGAAAGCGUGAGUGAUGACGAGGAGAUGCGGACCAUGGAACAUCCAGACAAUAAGUCAAGUAGAAAGAGGUCUCAUGAAGACUACGAAGAAGAAAAUAUUAACGAUAGAAUGGAAUCACCGCACGAUUUUACUCAGCAAAAUGAUGGGAUGGAUGAACAGUGUCCUGGUCUAGAUUUGUCUGUGAAAAGGCCCAGAAUUGACGGCACAUCAAUCGAUUCGUACAACGAUUUUGAAAAGAUGAACAACAUGACACCACAUUCUCAGUCUACCUCACCUAAUUUAUUUCUCGAUCAACCGAUUACAUCAACAACAACAGAAAAUAAUGAGCAAUUGGAAAAAUAUCACCGACUUAUGAAGUUGGUUGAGCAACAGAAGCCAUUGCAGCAAGCCAUGGAUGAAGUUGGAUUGUCUGUUCAUGAGUUUUUUGCUCUUCAUCGACUUAACAAUCAACUUACAUCUGCAAGAUUGGAACAAAGGGAAGAGGAAAAUGAUGCAAAGUUGUCAUCAGCACCACCUACUAUUUCAACAUCUUCAUUUGAGAAGUUUUCAAACCAAGGCCAAAGCAUGGAUGAUGAUUGGAUGAGUGGCAAAGCACAACAUGAUGCAAAAAUUCAGGCCCUCUUGAAGGAAACCAGUGAAGAUGUCAUCCAACAGCAAAAGCAGGGAACCCUCAGCGAAGCUCAAAAACUCAACAACAGUAGAUUGCAACAACAACCAUCCAUGGUAAUGUCAUCUUUACAAGAUUCCUCUGUCGAUGACCGCCAAACAGCAUUGAGAAAUUUUUUUUUGAAAGCUCAAGGAAUGUACUCUCAGGGAACUCCUACCAAAGGAAUGAUGGAUAGUUUGAACUCCACUUCCAUCUCACCAUCUAUGUUAGAUAGAACUUCAAUGUCUGCCAAUGACAGCAUAACUGCUGGAACAGUAUCUAGUGGAGUUGGAUCAAUCAAGAAAGGUACUCUCGACCCGUCCAAUUUCGAUGAGGUAGUGUUCGAUCAAUAUAUCGCUAAAUUUACCAAUAUGAAUCGAUGUGGACUUCUCACUUGCCAAUACUACACUAGAGAUCAUUAUCACUGUGUCGUAGAAGAUUGUAACUACCUGCGUUUCACCAAUAAAGCGGAUGUGAUUAGACAUUAUAAUAUGCACAAGAAACGCGACAACUCGCUUGCACACGGCUUCCUUCGAUUUUCGCCCACUGAAGACUGUUCAACUAAAUAUCCGGAUUGUCACCUAAAUGGAAAAAGUACUCAUUAUCACUGCAUGCAGCCUGACUGCAACAAAGUUUACACCAGUACAUCUGACGUAAUGACUCAUGAGAAUUUUCACAAGAAAUACAUGCAAUUCGUCUGUAGCGGUUUUAAACGCUUUCGAGCUACUGAACAAUGCGAUCUAGAUACUUGCACUUUCAGAGAUCAAAAAACAACUCACUUUCAUUGCACUCGCAAUGACUGCAAUUUUACCUUCAAGAACAAAUGUGACAUAGAAAAACAUAAGACUUAUCAUUUACGAGAUGAUCAAUACAUAAGCAAAGGAUUCAAGAAAUUUUUCAAAAAUGAAGCUUGCAGCAUUAACGAUUGUGUUUGGAACUACACUGCAAAUCAUUUUCAUUGCCUCAGACCAGGAUGUAACUUUUCAUUCACUUCGACAAGUCAAAUGGAAUCACAUAAACGAAAGCAUGAACGCAAUGAAUACCUAGGCGAUGAUACAGCACAAAGUAGGAGUGCCCAGAACUCUCCGAAAAUGCCGAUGUUCAAUCCAGCAAUGUUUCAAGAGGCAGCAAGAAAAAUCUUGUCUAUUAUGCCACCAGCCUCUCUACCUCACAUGAUCAGUGCCUCUCAUCUGUCUCCUCAACUCACAGCAAUUAAGUCCGAACCUUCAACUCAUUAUGGGAUUCCAACUACUUCAAACUCUGGACCUGCGUCUCCUAUUACUCCAUUAAAUAGCAGAAAUUUUCAAGGCAGUUACAAUACUCCUAUUCCUAAACCUAUGAUGAAAGAAGAACCAGCUUGGAUAUUACCACCUAAUUACGAAGACGCUUCACAUGCGCCUUCUUCACCCUCUACAACUCAGAGCCUACCUCGAUUGGAAGACAAGCAAGUUGUAACAUCAAAGACUGUCAUGUCUGUACUCUCUGAUCCCGAUUCUAAUUGGGGCAGGGGUUCUGGAGUUAUUUCACCGAGUAUGGCAAUCAGUGCUGCAGCGGCAUUAAAUCCAUCAGUUACUCAUACUGAUGUAAAAAUUUCAGAUUUUUCUUCGAAACCAGCAUAUGAACAUGAUAGGGAAAGCGUUUCUACAGACGACAAUACUGUUGCCAACACUCGCCCGCCUGCUCUUGAAAAGAUUGAACCAAUGAGUCCAUUCGUCGAUAUCAAGAUGAAUGCUGUAUCGAAAUUCUUUACUGGGGUUGAUGCUUACAAAUGCUGGAUUUCUGAUUGUGACUUUUUAACAAAACAUCAUUUUCAUUGUUUGAUUGAAAACUGUGAAGCUAUGUUUACAAGUCAAGAAAAAGUCAUCAGACAUGCAAAGUUUCACGAAAAUUUAGAAUCAAUGGGAGCUACGCUUCCAAUCCAAAAUGUAAAACCAAGCUCUUCACUGGGUAUUAAACCAGUGGUGGAUAGAAGUCUUUCCGACCCGCCACCAGGGUACAUUGCUUUACAAAGCGGGAUGACAAAACAAAAUCUUACUGUACCAGAGUACAGUAAAUCUCCACCACCUACCAAUCCAGCUUCACCACCGAAGAGAGAACGUCGCAGCAGUGAUGACAUGCAGCCUAUGAUGAAUAACCCACAGCAAUCUAUCAUAUCUCAGUAUGCAGCGACUGGUUUACAAUAUUCUAAUGCCAAUUUUCAAUCUCUGGCUUCGCAAAUUUAUGCCAACGCACUUUUGAAAAGUCAAAUGACUAGCUUAACUGAACAACCUCUCUCCUCUACACCAGUACCAGCAUAUAGGUUGCUUCAAAAUCCGGCAACUCUCUCUGCUCUCAUGGCAAGGAUGAGUCAAGCUGCUUCUGCGACUGAAUCUAGUGAUCAGGAAUUGAGAAGGUCAAUUUUUCCCACUCACAAAAAUGACAGCGGAUACGUCCACAUAAAAGAUGGAAUGGCAUGUAUGAGGCCAGAUUGUAAGUACGCAGGUCAAAACCACUGGCAUUGCACAAUGAACCGAUGUCGAUACGUUUGUAAAUCUCUUGGAAAAGCUCAAACUCAUCGGCAAGCUCAUGAUAGUCUGGAUGCUUAUGCUAGAUCUGCAAAACAAUGCUUCAGAAGCUAUUCUGUGAAGAAACAAUGUCCUAAUCCUAAUUGCGAAUAUAGACUUCGCGGACAUUACCAUUGCCUCAAACCUGGAUGCACUUUUGCUACAAUCGGUACUUCUAAAUUACCCUGGCACAUGAAGAAACAUGAAAAAAUCGCAAGGCGUGAAGCAAGCGGUUUCAAAUACUACACUAAAAAGGAACACUGUAAUCAUUCCGAUUGCAAAUACAAUGGAUUGUUUAGUCAUUAUCACUGUGUAAGACGUGGAUGCACUUUCGCUUUUCAAUACAAACAUCAGAUGUCGACGCAUGUCAGAAAGCACCUUCGAAGAAUGCUUGGAAGAACCUACGCAGAAGGCGAAGAUGUUCAAAAUAUUGACCAUACUAAUGUUGAUUCUGGUGACGACAGUUUGCCUCUCAUUAUUGAUGAAGUUGAAGAAGCUGAACAAAGACCUGGAUCUGGAAUUGUUGAUGAUGCUAGAGAAAGAGAACAGCUCAGUCAACAACAAAUGGAUGUUUUGGAAAGAAUGACUCAACAAAUGAAAUCGUCUUACGCGGCUGUAGCUGCAGCUCAACAAGAUCUAGCUUCUGAAAAUACAGAACGUGAUGAAUCUAUCAAUACCGAUCUUCCUAGAAAAUUACCUGAAAAUAUUGAAAAUGACGAAAGCAAUUCAGAUGAUCUGUCUGUUGAACAUUACGAAGCUCUUGAUCUAAGUUCAUUUGCUGCUGGAUCUUCAAAAUCUAACGAUUCUUCUGAACAACAACGACAUUUGGAUAUUGAUUCAAUGAAUGAAGACUCGAUGUCUAACGGACACGGAAAUAUGACAGAUGAGGGAAAUAUGGAUACAGAAAAUGAUGAAGGGGGAUUUCAAACGCCUUCAAAUCAGUCUCCAAAUGCCAAAAUCAGCCCGAAUGAAAGCCAGUGUUUCACCAAAUUUAAGCUUUCUGAUGGAGUAUUGGAAGGUUUCAAAAGAUUUGAGGCAACAGAUAAUUGUGGAGAUGAAAAAUGCACAUAUACUUUCAAGGUGUCACAUUAUCACUGUACUCGUGAAAAUUGCAACUACCGUUUCACUGGACGUUCUCACAUGUUCAAGCAUAAGCAACAUCACGAUCGCGUAGCUGGACUUGUUCGUGAUGAUUUCAAAAGAUUUAAAGCCACUCAAUUAUGUGAGGACGAACAAUGUGAAUUCAGGGCAAAAAAUACCCAUUUCCAUUGCUUGAGAUGUGACUUCAAAUGUACAGACAGUGCCAAAGUUGGUACCCACAGACGUCAGCAUAUGAAAGCAGAUGCUCUGGAACAAUCUGGAUUUCAGCGAGUUCGAGGUAAAGAUGAUUGUGGACGUGAAGAUUGCAAGUACAGAUGUCGAAGCAUGUCACAUUUCCACUGCUUGCAACCAGGAUGCAACUACACUAUUGUUGGACUUACUGGUAUUGAACUCCAUGCUGAAAAACACAAGAGAGGAUUGCUUCAUCGUACUUCAAGUCUUCCAAAUGAUAACACCAAUCUGAUUAUGCAAAACUUGACUGCAUUUCGAAACAUGCAACAAAGGUUGUUGAAUGCCUCUCAAGUCCAAAACGGAAUCGAUGAUGGAGGCAUGGCCCACAAUCUAAGCUUGCAAACGCUAGCAGCAUUUCGUAACAUGCAGAAUCAAUACGAAAGCUCCGAACAACAAGCUCCAUCUCCACCACAUAUUGAAAAUGAAAACGGACACUCCAGCGAAACUUCACCAGUGCCUCAAAACGAACAAGGACAUUUGCUGUCCAAGUUUGCUUUCUUGAGUUCUGCUGCUCCAUCGCAAGGGCCGAUCUCGGCUGCUUCUUCCCCUGUCUCGUCAAUGGUGACUGAGGGUGUCGGAUCAUAAAAGUCAAGCUUUACUGGUUUUUCGGACAUUUCUGCUUGUAAACUUAUGCAUUGUCUCUAUCUUCUUCUGUAGAAUUAAUGUAUUUGUGACAGAAAUCCGUUAUAUACUGAAGUCGAUGUCAGAUUGAAUCUGAAUUUCUCACUUUGUAUAUAUGUAUGUUGACUCCUUUUUUUGGUGUGUAAAUUUUCACUCUAAUGGCUUGUAGUAUCCAAGCAAUUUUUUGCCCUUCUCGCCUAUUCUGUUUGCUUGCUCAUUCUUAUUUUUGACGAAUCCAACCGACGACAAAUUUGUACUCUUUUUCAAGUAAGAAAUACAGUUUUGGUUCGUUUUUGUUAAUUUUGCUGUUAUCUUUGAAAAUGUUGUUAAAAUUGUAAUUUUCAUAAUUAAUUCUCAUAAUUAUGUUUUCCUACCAGCUGACUGAUUACCGAUCAUACUUGUCUAAGUAUGAAGGAUCAUGAUUUUCUUACUACCAUAUCAUCAUGUGUGGCAGAACUUGAUCGGAUGAUGGCAUUUCAUAAAAGCAUAUGAUAUCAUAGUACUUUUUUCUAUCAAGUUCGUUGUUUUUGUAGAAAUGACAUAUCUUCGCGAAUUUAUAGUUUUUUUUCUUCAUUUAUUUAUUUACGUUUCUUUCGUAUUGUAUCUUCAAAAAAUAAAUAAAUUACAUACCGAGACUGUGAAACAAUACAGAACAAUUUAAAUUGAACGAGAACGAACAUCUUUCGAAUCUCUGUUUUUUAUUUUUCCAGCUUUUCAAUUCUCUCUCAUGAAGUCUGUGAUUUUAGAGCUCGAUUCAUUUGCACGAUCCUUGAUUUUCUUUUUGCAAUUGUUUGUUCAAUUUGUGGUUGUUUUCCCCACUGUUAAAAUCCUAAACUUCAGCUGAAUAUCUUCAUAAAUAACGUUUCGUCAAGUUUUUCGCGUAUUAUGCACCCAAAUAAUCUCAGGUGGCUGUGUAUCUGCGUGUAGUUAGGGUGACUCAAAAAAACUAAUAAAAACUUUUUAUGCAAUUUUGGUCAUAAAGCUUGGCCAAGAAAAUUACUAAAAAAAGUGAACUAAUAUAAAAUGUUUGACGUUUUUAUAGUAGGUUUUCAAUGUACAACAAACUGUUUUAAAUAUUAUGAAUAUAAAUUCGUUCAAAUGUGCAUGAAAUAAAACUGACUGUGAUAACUAACUGAAUGUGGUAUUUACUGUGUCCAUGCAUUGAAAAUUUAUCUAUUUAAUUCAUUUUGGAUUUGACAUGAAUGAAUUCAUGUGAAUUACAAUUGAUUUUAUUUUACGACAAUUCUUAUCUUCAAAGUUAUUCAAGUUAUUAUAUAUUUUUAAAAUAUGAAACUGAGAUAUAAAAAUCUCAGCAUAUGAAUAAGUAAGUGCCUUAUUGUAGAUUGUGAAACUAAGUUAAAAUUUUUAGAAUGCCAUUUUUGUUGUUGUACAGAGCGCAGCAUAUUAUUUUCUUCCAUUCGAAAUAUUGUUUGUCAUCAUUUAAACGUUAAGUUUUCUUGCAUAUUUUCUGCUCUGCAUUUUUUGCCCGUGUUUGUUCAAUGAAGGGUUAUUGCCGUCUUUAAAAUAUCAUAAGUUACAAAUUUGCAUGGGUAGAUAACAUUUAUUGCAGUAUAUUGUAAUAUAUGUCGAUAUUCCUUACCAUAACAAGUUUACCCAAUGCUAUAAGCUCAUGCCACCCGGAUUAUUACCUUAACUGGAUACAUAAUGCUUUUUGCCCUUCCUACUCAACAUAUUCAAAUUCUACUAUCAUCUUCAAAUAAAUAUUGUUUAGGGUCAGCAUUUUUCAGUUUAUUCAUUUUUUUGUUGUGGAAUUUUUGUCGUUCUUCAUUUUUUUAUGGAGAGUGUUGCUCAAGUUUUUAAUAAAAUUGGUUAAGUUUAAUAGGAAUACAAUAAAUGUUUUUAUAACUAUUGCGAAACCCGAUUUGUGGCUCAGUAAAAGAAGAUAAGAGCAUAUAAUGUGAAUCUUUGCUUCAAAAUCAUGAAGUUACUUUGAAACAUUUUAGCUAUCAUGUUCUUUUGCAAAUGCUUUUGUAUAGUAAUGUAAAUUUUCAUAUUUCCGUAUUUAAAUGAUUGCUUCAGCAAUUGAAAUGCAUUUAAUGAUCAAUUGAGCCUUGAACAUUUGUCAUGGUUUCGAAUAAGGUCACAUGACUUACCUAUUUUAAGGUACUUUAUUCAAAUAACAGCGUGUGGUAAUUUUUAUCAACAUACAGUAUAAUUCAGCCACCAUGCCGUUUCACUAAUAACGUUUUUGUGAUUUUGAGAACAAAAUACCCUGAAUGUCAUUUUUUAAAUCAAUUUCAUUUGGGUAAUGUUUUUAUUAAAGCGCCCCCUAUAGACUACUUUAUUCAAACCAUAUGAUGAAUUUCAUACAAAGUCCGUUUAAUUUGAUUUUUAAUUAUUGCCGAUUUUGCCGAGGCCGGUUUUAGCCAUUUCUUUUUUUAGCAUUAACGUAGUAUCUUCUCUGUGUGGGUUCAAACGUACUCUACUUCUAGAUUAUUUUCUUCUUCAUUAUAGUUAUAGAAUUUCUUUGCUUGAUUUUUUUCGUUCAUUUUUGUGUAAAUAUACUUGGUAAUUUAUUGCUAUUUAAGUAAGAGGUAAUUUCAUUCAAGGCAAUAAACUUGCUUGUGUUUUGAAA